AUGCUGAGGCCUAGCUUAGCUAUCCGCGUGCCGAUCCGAAACCCGCAUGAGCGCAAGCACCCGCACCAGAUACCGGUCGGCAAAUCAAGAAUCGUGGACGACCCUGCCCCCACUUCAGCAGAUGAGAAUGCUCAGACAGAAUACAUCAUCGAUACCUACUUCUCCGAAGAGCACGCGUUUGAGCUCGGCAAGAAUACAUUCGGGAUGAGGAUCCCUCGCGCGGCCCUCGAAAGAGAUUCCUGGGGCCUGGCUUACCGUGUACACUCGACAGAAAGUACCAUGCGCCGUGCCAGUCAAGGAAGUGUCGAACGCCUCGUCGUGAACCCUAUGCGGUGCUCCAAGGCGGCCCGGAAUCCGUUCCAUACCGAGACGAUCACAGUCACGUCCCUCGAUGGGCAGUCCAGCACCGAUAUCGCCGUCGACCUCACUUUCAUGCCGCAUUCCCCGGUGGAUCGGAGCGAUUUCCCGGUCGCGCGGCGGCGGUAUCAGGCCAUGGGCUCUGACUACUCAUCGUUGACCUUGCAGUUCGGCUCGCUCAAGGCCAUGCGGGCGAGACCGUACGACACCCCUAGGUCCAUCACGCUCUUCGACGCCUUCGGGAGUCGACAUGCCGAGACAGGCAGGAAGGUCGUGAUCGCGGAUAGGGUGGAAGGUGGGUUUGUGGCAGAGAAUAUCGCCAGCCUGGGUCGAGCGACUAUGACGCUUUCCUUCGAGGGCAAAGACGGUAUCGAGCAGUUCACAACCAGAGGUACUGUACCCGUCGGUGUCGAACUCCAUCUCCGACCGGGCGGCGGGCAAGGUGCUGAAACAGCACAACUCGUUCUUUACCGCUUUGUCAAGGCUGCGCCGCAGUGUCAUGGUGACCACAAUCGAGCGGGCUGCGUGAUACCUGGGUACAACUGGUGGACUGCAGGGAAGAGCAGUAUCUGCCCUGUUUGUGGGACACCCAUCAUGGAAGUGUUCGGUAGCGUAAGGAUCGAGCGAGCGCCACGAUGUUAA